GAAAAGAUAAAGAUAAUAGAAACCAUGUCAAAUUUCACACUCAUUAACCAAGGCACCUUGAGACAAGGGCUUGUCAAAGGAAUCGAGUGCAAUGGUUGGACAAUUACUAGCAAACGAGCACCAAUCUGUAAUUCUGCUGAGAUGGAGAGCAUCCAAAAGAACUUUGGAAUUCCACCACCAGAGAUGGUGUUUGGAAACAAUCAUGUCACAAUUAAGCAUGGCGAAACAGAAUUCACCUGGGGUGCCUAUGAUGCCCUGAAACUGGUUGAUACCAGUUCGACCAGUAGUGAAAAGAUUAAAGUAGCUUAUUCUGAAGAAUGGACUAAGAAAAGUGCUGCAAACCAUACCGACAUAAAGGACGUGAUCAAACCUUACGACUGGACCUACUCAACACCUUACAAAGGAACCCUUAUCUCCAGUCUUGACAACAGAUCGUUUGAAAAGGCCGAUACUCCAGUCGACUUCCAGCGCCUGAUGAAGCCAGACCCAAUUCUAUUCUAUGACGAGAAUAUACUGUAUGAAGAUGAACUGGCAGACAAUGGAACAGCAAUGCUGUCCAUACGUUUGCGUGUUAUGCCAACCUGUUUCUUGAUUCUGCAACGGUUCUUUAUGAGAGUGGAUGAUGUACUGUUCAGAAUCAAUGACACUAGAGUCUAUCAUGAAUUUGGAUCAAAGUAUCUGGUGAGAGAGUAUACUUCCAAGGAAGAUCAUUACAACAACAUUCGCAGGAAAUUGCCGAUUGGAAAUAUGGACAUUUCUUUAUUGAAUGAUCCAAACUGGGUAUCUCGAAUGCUUCCUGAUGAACCUGCCGUGUUCUCAAGAGAGAGUCUUAUGGUUGAUCAUUGAACCAAAAAGAACAAGUAUUUAAACAUAAAAACAUAAUUAUAUAUCUCAGAACUAAUUCUCCCCACUCUUUUAAAUAAUACAGCUGUGCUAUC